AUGGCUAAUAUCUUAGCCAUUAAGUGGGGCAUCCACUAUCUGCGUGCCAUCCCGGGUAAGGCCAAGAAUGGGCCUGGGCCCAAGAACUGCGGGCGUGUUAGCUGCUCGUGGGACUCUGCUAUCUAUUGGUGCAAUGAGGAUUCUUCCGGAGACAAGGAACUUUAUUGGGGCCAGAUUGCCGACCUGGCUCAGGGCAUUCUCGACAACUGCGCGGGAUUGACCAAGAUAAAGGGGCAAGGGACAUACAAGGAUGACAAGUGGAGCGUGGUUGUUCGUUUUCCCAAGGGCAGCGAGGGCAAUUGCUAGUCGAGGUUAUCGCUGCCCUCAAGACACACAAGAUAUGGGAUUCGGCGAUGAUCUGUGAUCCGCGGUUGCUAGUAUGAAAUAAAAUGAUUUCAGAGCUGAAGUUCUGCGGCAAAACUAUGGACUGUUUGCUAAGGAUGUUUAAACCGCCACCGUAAUAACGAAGAG